AAAGAUUUGAGGCACUCCUGCUCUGCUGCUGCAUGAACAGUAACUAGGAAAGAUAAGAUGUACCAGCAUAUGCCAUUGAAGUUAUCCUGAGAGCAAGAAUGCCACCUGCAGUCAAGGCACCAAAAAGCACAAAAAGCAGUGGAAGCAGUAAGGGGAAAGGCAAAGGUAAAAAGACUGAUUCACCUGAAGAUGUGGAAAAGCCUGGUCACCCUGAGGAUAUCUGCCCCAUGGUCCUGACAUCAGCCACCCAGGAGCUCUUCGGUUGCCUUGCUGAUGAGGAUGUCACUGGGGAGAGCCCUUACAAGCUCCUGCAAAAAGACGAUAUCAUACAGGACAUUAAAACAAGAGCAGCGGUGUCCGAUUUCAGCCCUGUGAAGCAGAUAGUGCUGGACUACCCUGAGGAUGAGAUCUUACUGGUUUUUGACCGAGAUUUCACCUAUGGCCAGAGCUUCUACUUGGUUUUGACACCUGAAGCAAAGGGCAGAAUCCUCAAUCCUCCAGAGCCCGAGACACCAGAAGUAUUGGAGAAUGAAGUCAAAAAAACCCCAGAACCAAAGAAAUGGAUUUCUCAAGGCAGUGAAAAAGAAAUAGAGAAAGAAUCUCUUAGAGAGACCAGAGAAAAGCUGUGUUUCAAGUUCUCCAGAGUGAGGAGGAAGUUUGGGGCACAAGUCUUUUAUUCAGACCGAAGCCCUGCAGAUGCAAAGGAUGGCUUCCUAGAGUGUCCUUCCCAUACAGACAGUAGAUUCAGUAUCAAGCAGAUGCAGAGGGACUGCGGGCUGCUUGCUAUUCCCAUACUGCGGAGCAGCUGUGCACAGACACAGUGGAAGAUUCAGAAGAAUAUGUCAACCCAGAGCAUGCCUAGAGACUCAAAUGAUGAAGAAAGAGAGAGCAUCCUCAGGUCUAAGAGUAUGAAGGAUUUUCUUACUGACUCAUUGACUCCCAGGGUUUCCAGCACCCUUCAGCAUACAGAGAUCGCUAAUGUGACCAUCAAUGACUGGACGGCUCUGAGACCAGGAGUUGAAGACAGUGAUUGCUCUGGGCAUGUUUCCGAAAGUUUGAUGCUUUUUAGGGCCAUAGCAGACCAGAUGUACAUAAAGGACAAGAAAAUCAGCUGCAUUAACUGGCAUCCUACCAUUUACGGUGUGAUAGCUGUGGCUUUGACAGAGAAAAUUCAGGCACAGUCAGAGGCGUCCACAAAUUUUGUUGCCUCGCCUUCGCUCGUUCUCUUCUAUAGUUUCUCAAACACCUCUGGCCCCCAGUUGCUGCUGGAGUGCCCAGAUGACAUUUACGCCUUUGAGUUCAGCCCCUCAGACCCAAAUAUUAUUGCUGGUGGCUGCAAAAAUGGCCAGGUUGUGUUGUGGGAUAUUUCUGCUUACGUCACACACUUAGAGGGAGUUCAGCCUGGUAGUAAAAACUCCUCUGUCAACACUGUGACAUUUGAACUGAACGACAACAAAGAAAAUAAGACUCCUGCUGUGUGCUACUGUGCAGUUUCCUCUGUAGAGAGCAGCCACAAAGCACCAAUUACUGAUGUCCAGUGGCUGCCACCGACAUUUGAGGUGACCAAGACAGGCUUAGCAGUGGAGAACAAAAAUAACCUUUCUGUUCAGAUCGUCACCUGCUCGCCUGACUGUGCCAUAAAGUUCUGGGAUGUACGAGUAUCAAAACAGACAAGCCAUUCAGCAACAAGCAAGAAGCAGAGAGCCGAUCAGAAGAACCAGUUGACACCUUACUUGGUCCCUGAAACUUUCAAACACCUAGACCGGACAUGGAAACCUUUGUUCAAGGUUUCCCUGCCAAAGAUCGAUACUAGCGGAGAAUAUGCCCCUUUGAAGUUCAGCCUGGAACACUACACCUGUGAUGAUAAUAAUACAGGUGGGACCACAGAAGACGCCAAUGAAAAUGACGACAGCUCAGAGGUCAUCCCAGACUACAGCCAGCUCAGAGUGCCCUCAGCUAAAACUCUCACAACCCUGGAAGAUGUCAACACCAAGAUCUUUAUUGGAACAGAGGAUGGGGAGAUUGUUUACACUGACUGGAAAAUGGGAAAAGACGACUCUGGACGAUUUAAAAGUGAGAAGCCCCUACACUGUUCCAACAUCCAUCACUGGUUUGUGAACACAGUGCAGCGCUCUCCUUUCUUCAAAGACAUUAUUCUGACAGUGGGAGCCUGGGACUUUGCCAUCUGGAGGGAGGGAGUCUUGGACGGCCCCAUCAUCCAGUCACCAAGCUCUGAGCAGGCAUACACAGUGGGAUGCUGGUCCGUGACCCGACCAGCUAUUAUCUUUAUUGGGAGAGAGGACAGCAGCAUUGAGGUGUGGAGCUUUCUUCAACAGAGCGGUGAACCUGUGCAGGUCUUUGCAAAUGUCACUAAGUCUAGAAUCACCUGCAUCAAGCCCUGGGCCUCCAUCACAACCAAACAGCACUUCCUGGCUGUGAGUGACGACCUUGGGACUGUCAGUGUUUUUAGACUCCCAAAGUCGCUCUACGUUCCCCUGAGGAGUGAGCAUUCACAUUUGAGGAAACACUUUGAGCGUGAGGAAAACAGACUGAAGGAUUUAAUGAUGAGGAAGGAGCAGUGGUUAAUAGAGAUGAAGGAGGCUGAAGAGCGCAAGAAAAAAACGGAUCUAGAUAAGCCUGAGAAAACUCUGGAGGAGGAGGAAGAGGAAGACAUGAAAGCAUAUAAGGAGUACCUGGUGCUGGAGGAAAAGAUCCUGAAGGACAUCGGUGUCUGGCAAGAUCCUGACCACAAAGUUUAG